UGAGAACUCCGAGUGAAGAUGUCUUUUGUCACUCAGACUCUAUAGCUGAUCAUCCUCCUGUCUGUAUUUCAUUCCCUCUUCAGUUACAUUUUUAUUUUCAGCAUGUCGCAGCAGCAGAUUUCGAUUCUUUUGAUUUUGAUCGGUUCGAUGUCUUCCGCUAUUGCCAGCCUCAAUCUCCACGGUCAGCCGCUAUUUUCCACGGUGACAACUUACACUUUGGAAAUGGCGACGGUUACGGUCAACAAGUCGACACCCUGUUACAUCACGGAAGGCCAAGUGACCCAAUGUCGCCGGAAGCGCGGGAUGGAAGAGAGGCCAUUGAUUCUCCAAUUCGACAACGAUUAUUACGACGCCAUCGCUCCAUCCGCUGUUGUCAAGAUUGAAUCCACAGCUGUUCCUCGUUCCAUGAGUCCAAUGGACAUUUACAGAGGAAACAAGUUAAUGGCCAACAAGGUCUACAGUUCGUUCGAUGAUUCCUUCUACAACACCCAAAAUAAUAUCCGGCAACUGGCGAUCAGGGGCCGGAACAACGUCAUCUCAGUCGGCAACUGCGGAAUGUCGACCGUCAACUUUAGCGAGUUCCUCUCCUGUUUGGGGAUGACUGUCCAGGAAACGACCACCCUGACGGCCACCUUUACCGAAACUUCAAUCCGGUCCACUGGUUACAAUACCUGGACUGUGAUGGGCUGCACUCCGGCCGGAUUCCCUUAUCAAUACUGCCCUAGCGACUCUACUCCUGAGGUGGCUGGUCCAAUCCAAUCAUCCACGACCGAUCCUAACGCCACCGGAUCAACUACGGCCGAUUCUAUCGAUACUGGAUCAACUACGGCCGAUCCUAACGCCACCGGAUUAACUACGGCCGAUCCUAACGCCACCGGAUCAACUACGGUCGAUCCUAACGCCACCGGAUCAACUACGGCCGAUUCUAUCGACACCGGAUCAACUAAUACGGCCGAUUCUAUCGACACCGGAUCAACUACGGCCGAUUCUAUCGACACCGGAUCAACUACGGCCGAUUCUUCCGACGCUGGAUCAACUACAAUCGAUUCUACCGACAUUGAAACAACUACCGAUUUUGUUUCGACUGAUACCAGUAGCCCCACUACUACGACCGAGCAAAUUGCACCUUGAAUCCUUGUUAUAAGAAGACAAAUUCCUGCUGUCAAAAAUCAAACGAUCAUUUGAUGCCAGGCAUUUUUAUUUAACCUUUGCAGUUUUCGAAUAUAGUAAUAAUAUAGUAUAUAAUAAGUUGGCCUGAAUUUAAUAUUUAAAAUCCAUUGGCAAAUCAGAAUCAUGUCUAAAUGAUAUUCCCCAUCAUAUAUGAUUCACCAAUUGUCCACACUAUUCUAUGAGCCUCUUAUUUAAUCUGAAAUUGGUUUUAAUUUAAUCUCAAUAAAUAUUCAAUAAAAAAAAAACAGAAAUAAACAAAUCUUUUCCAGCAUUCAAU